AUGGAUCUCCUUGCCGGUAUCAGCGUCGCCUGUGCCGGGCUCCUGGCGGUGUUGGCGGCGGCGCUGCUAGCGGCGGCGUAUCGUUUGGGGCUCCUCUACCAGCUCUGGCAUAAGGUGGACCCCCAAAGCCCCCGGCACGGCGGUGAGUUGGUGGCAGAGGUGUUGAAGGCACACGGCGUCCGCUUUCUCUUCGCACUGGCUGGUGGCCACAUCUCACCCAUCUUGGUGGCCAGCGAGAAGCUGGGAAUGAUAUGGAAGGGGACCUCAUGGCCAGAACCUUCUCCUGCCCCGAUGGACGGAGGGUUUUGGGGUCGCAUCGGUGUGGCCGCCCGCACCGGCGGGCCCGGUGUCACCAACACGGUGACGGCCGUCAAGAACGCCCAAAUGGCCGAGUCACCGGUGCUGCUCAUCGGAGGAGCGGCCGCGACGCUGCAGAAGAUGAGCAACCAACCGUGCCCCGAACCUCCAGCUGAAAAUCGGGGUGCAGAGGGGAUCCCCUUUCCACCACCCCCCACCUACACCCCACCCCGUUUCCCCGCAGGUCGCAUCGGUGUGGCCGCCCGCACCGGCGGGCCCGGUGUCACCAACACGGUGACGGCCGUCAAGAACGCCCAAAUGGCCGAGUCACCGGUGCUGCUCAUCGGAGGAGCGGCCGCGACGCUGCAGAAGGGUCGGGGAGCCCUGCAGGACAUCGACCAACUCUCGCUCUUCAAGACGCUCUGCAAAACGUGCGUCUCGGUGCGCACCGUCCGCGACAUCGUCCCCGCGCUCCGCCAAGCCAUCGCCACCGCACAGUCGGGGACCCCCGGACCCGUCUUCGUGGAGCUCCCCAUCGAUGUCCUCUACCCAUUCCACGUGGUGGAGAAGGAGAUCGGGGGCACCAAGAGCGGCCGGGGGUUGCGGGGAAAGAUGGUGCAGUGGUAUCUCCAAAACUACAUCCGUAACCUUUUCGUGGGUGCCUGGGAGCCCCGGGACAUGUCCCCAUUGCCCGUGCAGGUGCCACUGGCCACCGAUGAUGAGGUACAGCGGUGCGCGGAGCUGGUGAGCCGGGCCACCAAACCGCUGGUGCUGGUGGGCAGCCAGGCCAUGCUGCCACCCACGCCGGCCGAGGAGCUGCGCCCCUACAACGCCCUUCCCCGACGUCCCCUUGCCUGGCUGGACCCCGGAGCUUUCGGCACAUUGGGAGUCGGCGGAGGGUUCGCGCUCGGCGCUAAGCUCUGCCGUCCCGAGGCGGAGGUUUGGGUCCUCUACGGUGACGGCUCGUUGGGCUACAGCUUGAUGGAGUUCGACACCUUCGUGCGGCACAAGACGCCCGUCAUCGCACUGGUGGGCAACGACGCGUGCUGGAGCCAGAUUUCCCGGGAACAAGUGGCAUUGCUGGGUAGCAACGUGGCGUGUGGCCUCGACUUUAGGGACCAUCACAUGGCCAUGCUGUGCCUGGUGGCACGAGCCUUGGUGGUGGGCCGCCCUGCCCGCGAGCGGCUGGACGCCGUCCUCCGUGCCGCGCAGGAAGCGUGCCGCCAAGGCCGCCCCGUCCUCAUCAACGCCCUCAUCGGCAAGACCGACUUCCGCGAUGGUUCCAUCUCCGUUUAA